GCGACGGAAGUGGGAAGUCAGAGGAGGCUGUACCUGCUGUACAGCUGUGCUCCGUGGCUAACAGCUAACCUCCGUUGUGAAAGUAUCGGGAUCCGCUAAUUAAAUAAGUCAUCUCGACAGCCACUCUGAGACUCUGACUUUAACAUGGGAAAAGGUGGAGGCACAUUUGAAAGGCUUCUCGAUAAAGCCACCAGUCAACUGCUUCUGGAGACUGACUGGGAAUCCAUCCUGCAGAUCUGUGAUCUCAUUCGACAGGGAGACACACAAGCUAAAUAUGCCAUUGGGGCCAUUAAAAAGAAGCUGAAUGACAAAAAUCCACACGUGGCGAUUUAUGCACUUGAGGUCUUGGAGUCAGUGGUGAAGAACUGUGGCCAGACUGUGCACGAUGAGGUGGCGAGUAAGCAAACCAUGGAGGAACUGAAGGAGCUACUUAAGAAACAGACGGAACCAAAUGUCAGAAACAAGAUCCUUUACCUGAUCCAGGCCUGGGCUCACGCCUUCCGCAAUGAACCCAAAUAUAAAGUGGUUCAAGACACCUAUCAGAUCAUGAAAGUGGAAGGUCACGUUUUCCCCGAGUUCAAGGAGAGUGACGCCAUGUUUGCUGCUGAGAGAGCCCCUGACUGGGUUGACGCUGAGGAGUGCCACCGGUGCAGAGUCCAGUUUGGCGUUAUGACAAGAAAGCACCACUGUCGAGCCUGUGGUCAGAUUUUCUGCGGCAAGUGUUCGUCUAAGUACUCCACUAUUCCAAAGUUUGGGAUCGAGAAGGAAGUGCGUGUGUGCGAGCCCUGCUUCGAGCUGCUUAACAAGAAAGCUGAAGGAAAAGCCCUUUCAGGCUCUGCUGAACUGCCACCUGAGUACCUGACCAGCCCACUGUCCCAGCAGUCACAGAUGCCCCCCAAGAGAGAUGAGGCUGCCCUGCAGGAGGAGGAGGAGCUGCAGCUGGCCAUAGCUCUUUCUCAAAGUGAGGCUGAGGAGAAGGAGCGAAUGAGACAUAAGAACUCGUACUCGAUGUAUCCCAAAACCGAUCCCACCCCAGUGACUUCCUCAGCUCCCCCAGUCAGUACCCUCUACACUUCCCCUGUGAACUCCUCUGCUCCAUCAGCUGAAGAUGUAGAUCCUGAGCUGGCCCGUUACCUGAACAGAACAUAUUGGGAGAAAAAACAGGAAGAGGCUCGCAAGAGUCCCACCCCAGCCCCUGCCCCUGUGACAUUGGCUGAGCCACUUCCGGCAAUCAGUCAGCCCGUGGAAAGUCACGUCCCUGUCCAGCCUGUCAACAUAGUGGAGCAGCAGUACCAGAAUGGCGAAUCAGAGGAGAACCAUGAGCAGUUUCUGAAGGCUCUGCAGAAUGCUGUCACCACCUUCCUGAACCGCAUGAAGAGCAACCACAUGCGUGGGCGAAGCAUCACUAACGACAGCGCCGUGCUCUCACUCUUCCAGUCCAUCAACAACAUGCACCCACAGCUUUUGGACAUCCUCAACCAGCUAGAUGAGAAGCGAUUGUAUUAUGAAGGGCUGCAGGACAAGCUAGCUCAGGUUCGUGAUGCUCGGGCCGCUCUCAACGCACUCCGGGACGAACACAGAGAGAAACUGCGUCGCGCUGCAGAGGAAGCGGAAAGACAGAGGCAGAUCCAGCUGGCACAAAAACUGGAGAUCAUGAGGCAGAAGAAACAGGAGUACCUGGAGAUGCAAAGACAGUUGGCCAUUCAGCGCCUCCAGGAGCAGGAGAAAGAGAGGCAGAUGCGUUUGGAGCAGCAGAAGCACACCAUCCAGAUGAGGGCCCAGAUGCCUGCUUUCUCUCUUCCCUAUGCCCAGAUGCAGUCUUUGCCCCCCAAUGUCGCGGGAGGGGUGGUAUACCAACCCGGUGCUCCGCCCAGCUACCCAGGCACUUUCAGCCCCGCUGGUUCUGUGGAGGGUUCACCUAUGCACAACAUCUAUAUGAAUCAGCCAGGGCAGACUGCACCAGCACAGUACCAGGCUAUGCCUGGUCCUACCACAGAUCCCAAUAUGGUUAAUGCAUACAUGUACCCACCUCCAGGAACUAAUGGGCAGCCCGCUCCUCCGCCUGGUCAGGCUCCACCCACAACUAGUCCACCCUACUCCACCUAUCAGCCCACACCUACGCAGGGUUACCAGAAUGUGGCCUCUCAGGCGCAGAGUAUGCCCCCCAUGUCCCAGGCACCCCCCACUAACGGUAUGGGUUAUGGUUACCAGCCAUACAAUAUGCAGAACAUGAUUUCAGCAUUGCCGGGACAGGACCCCAAUAUGCCCCCCCAACAGCAGUACAUGCCAGGCCAGCAGCCCAUGUAUCAGCAGGUUGCUCCCCUGGUGGCCCCCGCAGCAGCAGCAACAGCCGCAGCAGCCGCAGCAGCAGGCACCUCAAGCCGUGCCGGGCAGCGCAGAGGCACAGCUCAUCUCCUUCGACUGAAGGGCCUCACGCUGCUGGGUCUAACACACUACAGCUCCUCUCCCUGUUUGGUCUCUUUCUUCCCUCUCUGGACUCUGAGGAUACCCUCUGGAAACACACACAUAAUUCCCACUUUCCACCUCGCUGUGAUUUUUGUGGCAACGUGA